GUUUAUGUGAACAGAACGCCGGUACGCGUUGGUUUGAAGAAAUCAAGCAGUUAACUUCGUUUUAGGAUAUUUGUGAAACAUAGUUUGAUAUUUGUAGUGAACAAAUAUGUGCUUAAAAAGAACGUUAACAAUAACAUUCAAAAUUCAUCUUAAAGAAUUACAGAGCUGUUAAGAAAAAUGAGGGUCAAACGAAAGUACGGCAGCAAAAUGUACGAAAGCUCCUGCUCCUACCAGACGGCACUGGAUCUGAAGCGCGGCGCUUCGCCCCUCGUAACGCACCAGGUAAAGUCGGAAGACUGUCUUGGCCUGACGCAGUGCACUGAUUGGGGCACGUACCGGUUCCAUCAGUCAACGUUCGAGCAACUCAAGCAGAGUGUGGAGAAAGCGAAGGCAGCGCUGCAGGAUCGGACGUCCUUUCUUGGAAGCUCCAGUGCAUUUAGUGAUAUUUACUCUUCACCACGGCUGACAGAAUCGCUCGAGAACGUUAUCUCACAUAGCACCGGUACUAACAGCAGCAGCGGUACGGGCAGCACUAACCCUGUCUCCAAUGGCAACGCAAACGCUGAAGCUAACGCCAGCAACGGUAACGCUGCCAGUAACGGCACUAACGCUGGCAGUGUACUAAACGUCAGCGGUAGCGGUAGUGCCGCUGGCAGUGCGGGAAACGGCACAAACUCUAGUGCUGGGAGCGGUGGUGGAGGAGGAGGUAGCGGUGGAACGUCUGGAAGUAGUGCGGGUGGUGGUGGUGCGAGUAGUAUCAGCGUUAUAAAUGCGACGUCGCUCGUGUCACCCUCGAAUCUGCUCGGUAACGGGCUGUCAAGUCAGCGUCAUCGGAGUGAUCUGCUCGGUGCGGCAAAUCUUAACCUGGUGUCCUCAACCCAAUCACCUACGACGACCUCGACCCCGUCAUCCAUUCUGUCGCAGAAUCUGGAGUCACCGGUGGACGUGAAAUCACGGCAAGACUCUUCGUACAAAUCAUCAUGGGGCUCACACAGCUCGUCCCAGAGUCAAGAUCCAUAUCAGAUGUUCGGUCCCACCAGCAGUCGAUUAGCGAGCUCGGGUUCUGGACAGAUACAGCUAUGGCAGUUUCUGCUCGAGCUGCUCAGCGAUUCUACCAACGCCACCUGCAUCACCUGGGAGGGUACGAACGGCGAGUUCAAGCUGACCGAUCCGGACGAGGUGGCCAGACGCUGGGGUGAGCGAAAGUCAAAACCGAACAUGAACUACGACAAGCUCAGCCGAGCACUAAGAUAUUACUACGAUAAGAACAUUAUGACGAAGGUGCACGGCAAGCGUUACGCCUACAAGUUCGACUUCCAGGGGUUGGCCGCCGCGACCCAGCCCCAGACGGAUCCGACCUACAAGUACCAGAGCGACCUGUUCAUGUCGCCGUACCAUCACGGGGCCAAGCUGAGCUCGUUCAUGAGCCCCCACCACAGCAUGACGUCAUCUUCCGCCUCCAUCUUCCCGUCGGCCGCCAGCUGGGGUAACUGGGGCAGCCCGGCCACGAACCUGUAUCCCUCCCACACGAUGAGCCACGUGACGCCGUCGCACGUCGCGCCCCAUCUGGGCUCGUAUCCGCACUACGCAUGACCAACGCCCACGACCACGUCCUCCAGCCACCAUCACCACCAUCACGCCCAGGUCGACAACUUCGACCUGUACAAGAAGCUGACACCGUACGAAUAAUAGCAUCCGCUAAUCCCGCAACAGCAGCACCAGCCACACCAUCACUCGCACCAGCAGCAGCAGCAGCAGCAGCCGCAUCACCAUCAUCAACAUCAUCAGCAACAUCCACUGCAUCCACAUCAUCAUCCGGAGCUGUUCUAUCAGCACGAGCUGACCGGAUAUCCUCGGAAGCAGAUAGCGGGUGGCUCGCUGGCCUCACCGGCAACAGCCGAGGUGCAGCAGCUGUUGCGGCGGACGGUAACGAUGCGGCCAGAUGACGAUGGUGACCCCGGUGGCCAGGUGGGCGUGUUUCGUGGCCCAACAGCAACCGCAGCGACAGCAACCAGUGACCCUACCGGGACGACUACUAGCAACGGUACGGCCACUACUACUCUCGCCACUAUCACUACUACCCAGUUAGAUAAAUGUAUUUUAGACUAUCUAAGAAAUGUCUCAACUUUUAAAUGAACCUCCAUCGGGGAGACUCCUUCGACCCAGCAGCGAUGGGUGGGUGUAUUUUUAAAAAAAGGAAAGGAUGAAACCAAACCACAACCGAACCGAUCAGUGUAUAAUUAGCAAUAUAUCUUGUUGUAAUGUGAACUGCUGCUGGACGAGCGCAAACUUUCCCUCCCUGCCAUGCGGUGGGGGGUUUGAGCUUCCUGUCACAAAGCGAAAGCACACACGCCAUACACAUAUAAACGUUAAAUAGAUAAAGCUAAAAGGGAGGACGCGCCCAACGCAAAAUCGCCCACUAAAUCACGAUGUACAGCAGCAGUAAUCUAGUCACGGCGUGCGGCUGAUUGUGUGCCGUCGGUUACCUUCGUCCGCGGGUUGCGCAGUAUUUAAGAAACGAAAUUUUCGAAACCCUCCCCCGUCUCCUUCCCUGUAUAGUAUUAAGGGUUAGCCAUUGUUUUGCUAAAAAAGUCAUUGUGCGAGCAAGACGGAGAAGACGAACGUACCACUUCUCGCAAAACCGUUCCCACCAGAAACCGUGAACCAUUAUUAAACAACAAAAAAACGUUCCAAAGCAAUCCAAAGAGGUAGAGAGGGAGGCGUUUUUUGCGGAAGCUCUUUUUCCCUUUUUAUCUCGUUUCUGUUGUUUUGUCAUAUUGUUGUACAUAUGCAUUAUUCGAUCGAUAGCGUAUUGUAAGUGCUUUAGUUUUGAUUGAAUCAACUUAUUUAAGCUCCUCCGGGUUGGAAGGAGAUCGAGAACAACAGUGAACAACAGGAUCGAACUAACAAGCAUCUAGUCUGUCUGUCUGUCGGUGCAAUCGUUUGCCGGAGUGAGUUGAGUAUGGAUUAAACGAAAUGAUGAGAAUGUAUUAAAAUUUAAGAAAAAACAAAGCAGAAAACAUAAAUUGUGAAAACUAUCUCUUUUGAUAAUAAUUUGCUACCAAAUAGAAACAAACCAGGAAACAAAUCAACUAUCAGAACAAUGUAUCAAACAACUCACACACAAAACUAUUGAAAAGACAAAAACAAACCAAAAAAGACACAUAAAACAACACCCGGCAAACGAAGCGUGGAAGCGGCGCAAAAACAAAAGCAAAUAUUUAUACAUAUAAAGACUGUGAUAGUUAACGACACUUGUUAAAAAAAAAGUUUUGUUCUUGCAAACAAUUUUUACUCGAGCGAACGAAACCACGGAGCUGCGUGAGGUAAAACUAGGGGAGAUGGUAACAGGAGCAACUCAAGAAUGCGAGGGUAAUAUAAUAAAAGGAAACUUUCCUACUCCUACGAUACGAUCAAGAUUCGUUUCCGUUUUACCCGUUUUGUUUUGAGUACUUUAAACUUUACGUUUUAAAUGGAACAAAAUUCUUAUAGUAAGUAAACAAUACUAGAGCAUGUAUAAGCGCAACGUAUCCUUACGGAUCAUUCCACUCAGCAAAGAGUAAAGAGUAUUUAUAUAUGUAUGUAUGUUGUAAGUGUAAAUAAUCUGUGUACCGUAACUUAUCGAUGUGUACCAUAUAUUUGAGCCUAGUCAACGGGGGAAGUAAGAAGGGUAGUAAAGGAAAAACACAGAAAGCAAAUCCAAAAACAGAGUGUAUUAUGGAACGGUCAAGGAUAUGGGAGAGUCUUACAUUCCUCCCC